AUGGACAGAAACACUGAUCUGCUCAGCCCCACCCUAGGGAGGAGGAGCGUGGCGCAGGCCUUGUUAAAGGGGGCGGGGACUUCGCUGCAGAAACUUCAGUUUCUGACACUAGACAAAGUGUUUUUUCUUUUCUUAAAGGGCUGCGAUCCAGGUGACGAUAUGAUUACGUUGGUAGAUCUUUUCCAGUCCUCCACUUCAGUAUGCCUGUUGGUGGCCAUCGUGUGCCUUCUGGUCUUCCAUCGUUUUCACUCCAGCUUUAGCUCCCGACUCCAGAAGAGGGCACCUCCUGGACCUAAACCUCUUCCCCUGCUUGGCAACUUGCUUCAGGUGGAUCUCCACAGACUGGACAGCUGUCUUCUUCACCUGUCCAAAAUAUAUGGACCCGUGUUCACCGUCUACUUAGGACAGAAGAAGACGGUGGUCCUGGCAGGAUACAGGACGGUCAAACGGGCUCUAGUCAACCAUGCGGAGGAGUUUGGGGGCAGAGAGGUCACUCCCAUAUUCUAUGAUUGCAACAAAGGACACGGCAUACUAUUUUCCAAUGGUGACUCGUGGAAAGAAAUGAGGCGUUUUGCUCUAACUACACUCAGAGAUUUUGGAAUGGGCAACAAGGUUAGUGAAGGGAAAAUCAUAGAGGAAUGUCACUACCUGAUGGAAGAGUUUGAACAGCGUGAAGGUAAACCCUUCAACAACGCUCUGACAAUUCAUUAUGCAGCUUCAAAUGUUAUAUCAGCAAUCAUGUUUGGAAAGAGGUUUGAAUACAAAGACCCUGUCUUCCAAGCUAUGGUGGAAAGAGACAACGAGUCCAUCCGACUGAUUGGAACAGCCUCCAUCCUGAUAUACAACGUGUUUCCUUGGCUGGGCCCUCGUCUUAAAAACUGGAGGGUAUUGAUGAAAAAUGUGGAAGCCAACAAGGAGGAACUCAAGAGAAUAAUAGUGGACCUGAAGGAAACUCUGAACCCUGAGAUGUGCAGAUGCUUUGUUGAUGCAUUCCUGACUCGUAAACUAAAUCUGGAGGAGUCUGAAAUACAGGAUUCACACUAUCAUGAUGACAACCUGAUCUACAGUGUGACGAAUCUGUUUGCAGCUGGGACUGAUACAACAGGAAAUACACUUAAGUGGGGUUUACUGUUCAUGGCCAAGUACCCUCAUUUUCAAGACCAGGUCCAGGAGGAGCUGAGCAGGGUGGUAGGAAGCCGUGAGGUCAGAGUAGAAGACCGGAAGAACAUGCCGUACACCGACGCUGUAAUCCACGAGACACAGAGACUGGCCAACAUUGUCCCCAUGGCCAUUCCUCACAAAACCAGCCGAGACGUCACCUUCCAGGGCUUCUUCAUCGAAGAGGGGACUACUGUGUUUCCUCUUCUUACUUCUGUCCUGCACGAUGAGAGCGAAUGGGAGAGCCCGAACUCUUUUAAUCCCUCCCACUUCCUGGAUAGGGAGGGCACAUUUAUCAGGAGAGAUGCCUUCAUGCCCUUUUCUGCAGGUCGCAGGGCGUGUCUCGGAGAGAGUCUGGCCAGGAUGGAGCUGUUCCUCUUCUUCACCUCCCUCCUCCAGCGCUUUCGUUUCACUCCUCCACCUGGAGUUAAAGAGGAGGAGCUGGAUCUGACUCCAGCUGUGGGCUUCAUCCUCAGCCCUUCACCUCAUGAGCUGUGUGCUGUCAGUCGCCAAUGAGAGAGAGAGCUGAAGCACGGC